AUGACAUUGGCCAAGCGCCGAGCACCCUCAAUGGCGCUCGUGCAUCCAAGCUAUCGCUUUCAUUGCAUGGCCCGAUCUUCAGACGAGGAGGUGGAGUGGCCAGGGGAUCUUCGUUCGACUGCAUCACCCUUUCGGUGUCUAGCUGUCAUUCCACCCGAGGAGAGUACGAAGGCUCAGGUAAUGUCAGGAUGCCCAAGCCUAGACGGGAGAAGUCGAGAUGCGGAGGCCGGGUUCGAACCACGCACCUUCCGGUCGCUUGUGUGGGCUUCGGCACAUUCGAACCGAUCCCAGAGAUUCAACGGACCCAAAAAACUGGAUUUUGAUUGGCGAAGAACAUUUCUGGCCUUUGGGCGGGCCUCCUACACCAGGACGGUUGAUCAGGUGGCUGUUGAUCUGUUCGCCGAGCUUGGCAAUUGGCUUGCAAACGUUUCGUCACCUCACGAGGAGACAUCAUCAGUGCGCAGUUGGGUGGGUACCUCCUGUUUGUUUGCGUGUGUUUAUAUAGCAGACAAAUGA